AUGUCUAACGUGCCUCAAUCCGUGUAUCGACCGUUAGUAAUAGUUGUAUCUGGACCUUCAGGUUCCGGAAAGUCAACUUUACUCAAUAGGUUAUUCGAAGAAUAUCCAAACAAGUUUGGAUUCAGUGUUUCUCAUACAACACGAAAACCACGUCCUGGCGAGGAAGACGGGAAAAAUUAUCAUUUCAUAACACGUGAUCAAUUCAAUCAACUCAUAAAAGAAAACGCAUUUAUCGAGCAUGCUGAAUUCUCGGGGAAUUUGUACGGAACGAGUGUGAAAGCUGUUCGUGAUGUAGAAGACACGGGAAAAAUCUGCAUCUUGGAUAUUGAAUUAAAUGGAGUUAAAGCGGUAAAACAAAAACAAGAUGAAUUAGAUGCAAGAUUUCUAUUUAUCUCUCCUCCUUCAUUAAAAGUUCUUGAAGAACGAUUACGUGGACGAGGGACUGAAAAUGAGGAGUCAAUAAAAGCUAGACUUGAUCAGGCCAAUGAGGAACUUGCUUAUUCACAGCAAGAGGGUGCUCAUGAUUUGAUAAUUGUUAAUGAUGAUCUGGAUAAAACAUAUCAAACAUUCAAGAAUUUUAUUUUCGAUUCGUAUGAUCGAAAAUUUGCGGAUGUUUAA